AUGCGUGCCGUUGGCGGGACCUCCCCGUUCCGCCUCUUCCAUUCCCUAUUACUCUUACUUGCCCUUUUCUCAGUCGAAGCACUCUCGCAGGCGAGAUGCAGUAAGGAAAGCAUUUGCAAGACUGGCUGCUGCAGUAAGGAUGGCUUCUGCGGAACAACCGACGCGUACUGCGGCGAUGGUUGCCAGAGCACAUGCGACUUCCAGGCAGCCUGCGACGCCAAGAAUCCUUGUCCAGACGGUUCCUGCUGCAGUAAGGCGGGCUUCUGCGGCUUUGGCCCAGACUAUUGCGCUUCCGACAACUGUGUUGGAAACUGUGACGCCAAGAGCGAGUGUGAUCCUAGUUUUGGCCAACAAUGGGCCAACGCCACAGCUUGUCCUUUGAACGCUUGCUGCUCAGACACCGGUUACUGUGGAAUUACUCAAGAGUUCUGUGGCGAUAGAAAGUUCAGCAAGCCUACUUGCAAAAAGGACUACCCCGUUAGUAGAGUUGUUGGCUACUACGAGGGCGGCGCAGUAAGACGAUCGUGCAACCAGUUCUCUCCCGACGACAUUCCGGCAAACAUUUACACGCACAUCAACUUUGCUUACGCUGUUAUCGAUCCCGUCACCUUUAGGGUUACGCCGGCAUUCAAAGACGACAUCCAGACCUACCAUGACCUCGCCAAAGUCAAGCGCCGCAACCCUGGUCUCAAGGCCAUCAUCAGCGAUCUUCAGGCUCACGUUGGCGGCUGGCAGUUCGGUGAGGGCCCGACCGAGAAGGUCUUCUCGCAGAUGGUCGCCUCUGAGGAAAAUCAGAGGGCAUUCAUCACCUCCAUUGUCUCCUUUAUCAACACAUACGACUUUGACGGCGUUGACAUUGACUGGAGGUACCCGACUGCUCCUCCGAAGGGGGGUAGCUCUGACGAUACCAAGAACUAUGUCGUCUUUGCGGAGAACCUACAAGCGGCUCUCAGAACCAACGGCCUGCGAGACGGCUUCUCCGUGACGGUGCCCGCUGUUUACUCGUACCUACAGUAUUUCGAUCUCAAACAGCUGUCAGAUCAUGUCAACUGGUUCAACGUCCUGGCUUUCGAUCUUCACGGGGCCUUCAGGAGUCCCGACAGUUGGGUCAACAACAAACUCAACGCUCACACAAACCUCACCGAGAUUGCCGACACGGUCGACCUGAUCUGGCGAAGCGGCGUGCCUUCGGCCAAGGUCGUCAUGGGCUUGGCCUUUUACUCGCGAACCUUUACGGCAUCAAGCACCAAGUGUGUCUCCAAGGGGUGCUCCUUCGACUCGGCAGGUCGGGGAGAGAGAUGCUCGGACGAGAUUGGUCUUCUCAGCAAUGCUGAAAUUCACCGAAUGCUGUCCUGGUCUGGUACCAAGCCGAGACUGGACAAGGAGGCCGCUGUCCAGGUUGUCAGGUACGAUGACCAGUGGAUAACGUACGAGGACAAAACGACGCUUCAGAUCAAGCUCGACUUUGCGCGCAGCCAAUGUAUGGGCGGCGUCGCUGUAUGGUCUGUUAGCCAGGAUACCAAC